AUGCAGGAACUUGAUAUAAAAGGAAGCCAACACAGGUCAGACUGUUAUCCUGUUGUGACGACUACCACCACUGAGACACUUUUGGAAACUGCUGCAUUCCACAGCUAUGACUGUCUUGGUGCUUGCCCUAUUGUUCAUGUCACUUACUACAGCAGGAUCUGUGCCUUCAGAUCAAAUAUUCCAGUAUAUUGAAGAACAUCAAAAUGAAUAUGUGCAGAGACUCAAAGACUGGAUAGCCAUAGAAAGUGACUCCAAUGACCCUGAAAAGAGACAUCUGGUUACAAACAUGAUGCUCUUGGCAGAAGAGAGGAUAAGAACAUUAGGAGGAACAGUUGAGAUGGUUGAUCUGGGCAUGCAAGAGCUACCCAAUGGCAACAAAAUCUCUUUGCCACCAGUUAUUCUGGCAAACAUUGUAAAAGAUCCCAAAAAGCCUACUGUUUGUUUUUAUGGACAUCUGGAUGUGCAGCCAGCAGAAAUUGAAGAUGGAUGGUCAACAGAGCCUUACAUAUUGACAGAGAAAAAUGGUAAUCUUUAUGGACGAGGUGCCUCUGAUGACAAAGGACAAGUUCUGGCUGUCCUGAAUGCAAUUGAAGCACUUCAAAAACAUGAACUUCCUGUUAAUGUCAAGAUUCUGCUUGAAGGUAUGGAAGAGGUAGAGUCCACUGGGCUAAAAGAACUAGUUGAAGAAAGAAAUAGUACAUUUUUUUCUGACGUUGAUCACAUUGUGGUCACUGACACUGCAUGGAUCAGCAGCAAACCCGGUAUCACAUAUGGAACAAGAGGAAACUGCUACUUCCUUGUGGAGGUGGAAUGUGCUAAACAAGACUUACACUCAGGGAGCUUUGGAGGAUUAUUACAUGAAGCAAUGAAUGAUUUAAUAUUUCUGUUAUCCACUCUUGCAGAUUCUUCUGGUCAUAUCUUGAUCCCUGGAAUUUAUGAAGCAGUAGCUCCUCUAACUGAAAAAGAAAAGAAACUCUAUGAAGGAACUGAAUAUGACCUGGAUGUUAUUAAAGCCAAAUAUGGAAUAAAACAGUUUAUUAACAAAACUAAGGAAGAAUUAUUAAUGCAAAGAUCACGCUAUCCAUCUCUUUCCAUACAUGGAAUCCAAGGAGCUUUUUCUGCACCUGGAACGAAGACUGUUAUUCCUGCAAAAGUAAUUGGAAAGUUUUCAAUACGGCUGGUGCCAAACAUGGAGCUGUCUGUAGUAAAAAAACAGGUGACUGACUAUUUGAACAAGAGAUUUACUGAACGGAACAGUCCUAACAGCUUUAAAGUAACCUAUAGAAAGGGAUCAAAGUCCUGGCUAGCUGACCCAAAUGAACCUCAAUAUUUGGCUGCAAGGAAAGCAAUUAAAAGAGUGUUUGGAAAAGAGGCUGACAUGAUCCGUUCAGGUGGGACAAUUCCAAUUGCCACAGAUUUUCAGGAGCUGACUGGAAAAAGUAUAAUGUUAUUAGGAAUAGGAGGACCUGAUGAUGCUCCACAUGGGCAAGAUGAAAAGAUCAGCAGGUACAUUUACAUUGAGGGAACAAAACUAUAUGCAGCUUUUCUUCAAGAACUUUCUACUGUAUAAAGAAAAAAAGAAUAUGACUUAGUAAAUCUUUAUAACUAUCCAUA